UUUUAAGAAAAUUGUAGCCCGUCCUGCUUAAAUAAAGACUUCCAAUAUGCUUCUUUACAGAGAUAUUGUUAGCGGUGAUGAGCUUAUCUCAGAUGCCUACAAUUUGAAGGAGGUUGACGAUGUACUGUAUGAAGUUGACUGUGCUAUGGUUCAGAUUAAACAAGGAGAAGUUGACAUUGGUGCCAAUCCAUCUGCUGAGGGAGAUGAAGAAAUAACAGAAGAUGGUGUUGAAACUGUGAAUAACGUUGUUUAUUCUUUUCGUCUGGUUUCUACAACAUAUACAAAAAAAGAUUACCAAGUUUAUAUUAAAUCAUAUUUAAAGAAGCUUAAACAACAUUUGCAGGAGAAUUGUCCAGAUCGAGUGGAAGUAUUUGAGAAGCAAGUGACAGUUUUUAUUAAAAAAGUUUUGGCGAAUUUUUCAGACUAUGAUUUCUAUAUGGGAGAAAGUAUGGAUGUAGAUGGGAUGGUAGUGUUAUUAAAUUAUCGUGAAGAUGGGAUAACACCAUAUAUGACAUUUUUUAAGGAUGGUCUUAAGGAGGAAAAGCUUUAAAUGUGUUGAAAGAGGGUAAUUUUUAUGUAAAAUAAUUAUAAAUAAG